CAUAAAAUACUCUAAUACUAGGGCGUCCCCCUUAAGCGACGGCAACAUGGCAGAGAGCGCAAGAAAUGCUAGAGCGUACCCCCAAAGCGACGGAAGAGGCACCGAGCCUGCACACCAGAACCAUAAAUUGCGAAUCGCAAGCUGGAAUGUAGGCUCGAUGACAGGACGCAGCGCUGAAUUAGCUGAAGUGUUACUCCGAGGACGCAUAAACGCAUGUUGCGUACAAGAAACGAAGUGGAAGGGGUCCAAAUCGCGGCAAAUAGGUAACAACUAUAAGCUUAUCUACCACGGAGUAGGCCCGCAAAAUGGUGUUGGUAUUGUGGUAGAUAAAGAUCUUCAAGAACGAAUAGUGGAAGUCAAACGGGUGAGCGACAGAAUAAUAGCCAUAAAACUUGCUCUGGAUGGGAAUCCGUGCAUGAACAUUAUAAGCGCGUACGCACCUCAAGUGGGCUGCUCGACCGUCGAGAAGCAACUAUUCUGGGACGACAUGCACGAUCUGCUACAGUCAAUACCAUUAGAUGAGCUUAAGUACAUCGGUGCGGAUUUCAAUGGCCAUGUGGGCAGCAACUCAACCACAUAUCAAAGAGUGCACGGUAAUCAGGGAUAUGGAAAUGUAAACGCAGAAGGCGAAACUAUACUACAAUUUGCGUCAACCUUCGACCUCGCCAUCGUCAACACCUUCUUUACUAAAUCACAACAACACCUUAUUACCUACAAAAGUGGAGGAAAUCAUACACAAAUAGACUUCAUCUUGACAAAUCGCUCUUGCCUCAAAAGAUGUAGAGACUGUAAGGUAAUCCCCGGAGAACCCUUGACCACACAGCACAGAAUCCUGGUCGCAGAAUUUGUCAUGCUAAAGUCUGUGAAAGUAAAGAAGGACAAGACACCAAAAAUUCGUUGGCACAGAAUAGGGCGCCAGGGAGAACACAACUGUGCAAUGACAUCAUAA